AUGGUUUCGUCAGUUUUGUCUUGUUGUUGUUUGAACAUUGAAAGCGCCAAACCAAAUGUCCUACACAUUUUCGUGACCCUGGUUAGAGAUGUUUCACUACGCCUAUACAACACAAAUUUGGCCGGAAAUCACGAUCCUAUGACAAGUUCUAGACGUUCAAGUGAAAGUGGCAGUUCAGUUGACAGUGAAGUCAUUUUAGAAGCUGAAAGAUUAGAAUUAGAACGUUUAGCUUUAAAAGAACUUGAAUUAGCUGUUUCUAAACCUGUAGCAUUUUCAGUCAGAACCAAUAUCAGUUUUGAUGGUGCAUUAUACGGAUUGGAUGCACCAUCUCCAACUCGUGUAGUCAGUUUUGGUGUUAAAGAUUUCUUACAUAUUAAAAAGCGUUUCAAUCAAGACUGGUGGAUUGGUCGUGUUGUACGGAUAGGCAGUCCAAUCGGUUUUAUACCUAGUCCAUCAAAACUUGAAGUAAUCAAUAAUAUUAUCUUAUCAGUCAGUACUAAUGUUGUACAUUUCGCUAAUGAAAUUCAAAAUCCUGUAAAUAAAAUAGCACCUGUCGGUGGUUUCGGAUCAGCUGACACAACCUUAGAACGUGGUGGAAAUCGUGGACUUUUAUUAUCUAGCGACGCUGAUCACAAAGGACCAACUUUGGUUGGUAGUCGACAAAGACAAUCGGAAUCACCUCCACAACAUAACAAAAACUGGAAAGACGUUGACGGAUAUGAUGACGAUGACCUACGUGAUGGACCACAGACAACAGAAACACCAGGACAAACGAAUAUCAAGAAACAACAGCCUAUUGGACCUGGGGUUAGAAAGAAAGCUUUCUCGAAAAAGAAUGAAUUUGUACCACCGUAUGAAAUUGUUCCAUGUAUGCGUCCAGUUGUAUUUGUUGGUCCAGCACUGAAAGGUUAUGAAGUAACUGAUAUGAUGCAAAAGGCAAUAUUUGAUGCAAUGAAAAAACAUUUUGAUGGAAGAAUUAUUGUCAGCCGUGUGAGUACAAAUAUUUCAUUGGCUAAACGCGUUGGAGACCUGUUACAUUUGGAUAAGAAGAAUAUCUUGGAGAAAGGACGUAGUCGUCAACUUGUUUCCCUAAUUGAAAUACAACAAGAUUUGGAGAGAAUAUUUCAUUUAGGCAGUAAAAUGCAACUGCUUCUCUUGGACUGUGAUACAAUCAACCAUCCGAAUCAAAUAUCUAAAACGUGUUUAGCACCGAUUGUCAUCUAUAUAAAAAUUUCCAGUAUCCGCGUGUUAAAUCGACUAAUUAAAAAUCGUGGUAAAUUACAAAAGAAAAAUGCUGGUGUACAAACUGCUGCGGCUGAAAAGUUACUACAAUGUUCACCGGAAUCAUUUGAUUUUAUCAUAGAUCAGAAUACUUUGUCAGCUGCUACUGAAGCAUUGAAACACUUUUUAGAAGGUUAUUGGGCUGCAACACAUCCACCAUUGAUAGUUAGUAAAGCUGAACGCCUUCUUGGAUCGUUUUCUAUACCAAUGCCUGAAAUUCAUGAAGUUGAUUCUGAUCGUCCACUUGUCCCAAUGACACCAGGACAUCCUGGACUUAGUGUUGUCACUAAGUCAGCUUUAAGCGCUGGAUUUACUAGUCAAGAAAUUAGUGUACUGACAGGAGCAAGAGCAGCUGGUUGGUUAACAGAAAACGGUGGACCAGUAGAAAAUGAACUUGGCCUAACAGGUGUACAUCAUGCAGGCAGUGUUGGCAGCGAAUAUAAUGCUACAAGUCUGGGCGGAAUACGAACUAAAGGUGGUGGUCAUGAUAACAAUACACUUGGUAGUCGUCAUACAAUACAUAAUUCCGAUGAGGAAAAUGAUGUUUCACAACGUACACACUAUCAUCGUAAUGGUCGAUUACAAGUGAAUGCUGCACAUGCAGCAGCAAUUGCCGCUGUCGCUGCUGGAUUAACACCUAAAGCACAUUCAGUUCAUCCGUCACUGUUAUCAGGUGAUGGCUUAGGAAGUGGUGUUCCCAAUGGAUAUAAUUCAGCAAGUAUAUCGCAUGCAUCGCCUGGUUUAACAAUGGGCUUAGGAUUGGGCCUGGCAAGUGGUGUUGCGGCGACUAUAAACGCUGCCCUCUUUCCGGGUCAUCACCAUCAUCAUCAUUCAUCAGAGACAACUCAGACAAACAAACGAAUACCACCGCCAACAUUAGCUGCAGCAGCUGUUGCAUCUGUCACUGCACCACCUUUAAAAGAUUUAGGAAUUCAUCAAGUGGAAGGAUCAGAUGGUCCACAAGUCUACCAGAGUAGGUCAGCUCGUCAAGCAAGACAACGUGAAGAGGAAUUGGCUCGUGUAAGACAAGAAUAUGAAGCAAAAACACUGGCAUUACAUGGUGCUGCCAGUGGUGCUGGUGGCGGUCGACGUAGACGUCGAGAUAGAGAACGAAGGCAGAGAAAUGCUGAUGGUUACUGGGAUGGACAUGAUAAUCGCAAUAACAACAACAAUAAUAAUGAUUUUUCAUCACCCACAUCGCAUGCAUGGAAUGGACCACCUGUCAGAUCUAUGGCUAGAGCUUGUCCACCGGAUGACUAAACUCCUCACCCCACCCCGCACCCAACACACACACAAUUGACUAAGAUCUUUACAUAGUGCCUUUACAUUUCUCACCAAUAAAUUCAUAUUUAUCAUCGUUAUUAUUUUUAUGUUUCAUUUAUUAAAACAGAGUCAGACAUUUUGUUUUAAUUAAUAUUGAACAAUUGAAUGCAUUUUUGAAUUCUGAC